GCUGAGCUGCAACGAGCGGGCGAAACGUGUUAGCCGGGAUUAAAAAGUGAUCGAGACAAGUCCGUGUUGGUGUGUCGUCGUGUUAGACAAUAGUACUCAAGCACUAAAGAUAAACCCCCUCGAGAUCCAACGGAGACGUAUAAAAAGUCCAAAUAUUGUUGAGCAAAAACAAACGAGAAGUGUAAAUUGAACAAAAUGAAUGUGGAAGAGUUUCGCAAAUACGGCAAGGAAGUGAUCGAUUAUAUAUGCCAGUAUGGCACCAACAUCGAGGAGCGUGAUGUGGCGCCCACCUUGGAUCCGGGUUACCUGAAAAAACUUCUACCAGCCGACGCCCCCCAGUCGCCGGAGUCGUUCAAGGACGUGCUCGAGGACUUCGAGCAGAAGAUUAUGCCCGGAGUGGUGCACUGGAACCACCCCAAGUUCUUCGCCUACUUCCCGUCGGGCAACUCCUUUCCCUCGGUGCUGGGCGAUAUGCUGAGCAGCGCCAUCGGGUCCAUUGGCUUCAGCUGGGCCAGUUGUCCGGCGGCCGCCGAGCUGGAGACGAUCGUCAUGAACUGGUACGCCAAGGCCCUCGGGCUGCCGAAGGCCUUCGUUUCGGACGCGCCGGGCAGCACGGGUGGCGGUGCCCUGCAGGGAUCCGCCUCCGAGUGCGUCCUGGUCUCGCUGAUCACCGCCCGCGCACGGGCCAUCAGCGAGCUGAAGGGCCAGACCAGCGUGCACGACAGCGUCUUUCUGCCCAGCCUGAUCGCGUACGCCAGCCGCGAGGCGCACUCCUCCGUGGAGAAGGCCACCAAGAUGGCGCUGGUGAAGCUCCGCAUCAUUGACGCCGACGAGCACGGACGCAUGCGCGUCGACCUGCUGCGCCAGGCCAUCCAGAACGACGUGAACGCCGGACUGACGCCCUUCUUCGUGGUGGCUACGGUGGGAACCACCGGCGGCUGCGCCUUCGACGACAUCACGGAGAUCGGCAAGGUCUGCCGCCAGGUGUCCAGCAUCUGGCUGCACGUGGACGGCGCCUAUGCAGGCAAUUCCUUUAUCCUGCCUGAGAUGCGAGUCUUCUCCGCCGGACUGGAGUACGCCGACUCCUUCAACACGAACCCCAACAAGCUGCUGCUAACAAACUUUGACGCCUCUGCCUUGUGGGUUAGGGACGUGAUGACCCUGAAAAGCGCGCUAAACGUAAAUCCCCUUUACCUGCGGCACGAACACUUGAGUGGCGUGGACUACCGCCACUACGGAAUCCCGCUGAGCCGGCGCUUUCGGGCUCUCAAGCUCUGGUUCGUCUUCCGAACGUACGGCAUCAGGGGCCUGCAGGAGUAUAUCCGCAACCACAUGGCUCUGGCCAAGAAGUUUGAGAUGCUCGUGCGCAAGGACGAUCGAUUCGAGGUCCGCAACGAUGUUCAUCUUGGUCUAGUCUGCUUCAGAAUGCGAACUGGUGACGAGCCCAACCACAUGCUGCUGGCGCAGAUCAAUCAUUCGGGCAAAAUGCAUAUGACACCGGCCAAGUUCAACGGCCGCUACGUAAUCCGCUUCUGCGUAACCUACGAGCACGCCUCCGAGAAGGAUAUUCUGGAUGCGUGGAGCCAGAUUAAGUGCUUCGCGGAAGAGAUCUUGCGAGACCACCAACUGGAGUCCAGCUCAGUGCCCACCACGCCGGAGGGCUCUGAGCGGACCAGCUCGGAGCCGGUGGCUCCUGUGGCAGGCAAGCCACCCAUCAAGAAGAAACUGACCAGGACCAAGUCGUUGCGUUUCUCCUUCACGCGCAGCAUCUCGCGGGAGCAAUACCAGAACCAGAGUGAGCACCUAAUGGAUGGGUGCACACCCAUUCUGGUCGUGGAUCCCAAAACGCUGCAGGAGAACUUCCAGAAGGCGGCGGACGACAAUGAGCGGGACAACAGCAACGGCAAUACGAAACUCAAAGAUAUAUCCGAUGUGGAUACGGACGAGGCGAGUAACUAAGCCAGUUUGGAGUCAAUGCAUUGCAGAUUUACCUCCACCUAGUAUUAAUUGUCGAGCUGAAAUGAGGCAUGUACCUAAAGUCUACCGACUAUCACUGCUCAGUUUGAAUUUAAGUACAUCUAUUUAUGUGUUUAGGGUCUAAGUUGUUGCUGAAUUUUAUGUAAUAUAGACUCAGUCCUAAUUGCUAAUAUUUUGUAUAUUUUUGUACCUUAAGAUAUCAUGAACAAUAGCACUUAUUUAUAAACAUUAACCUGGCAUCUGCUAUGCACAUUUUCUUAAAAAAAAAACUGAAUUCAAA